AUGCCAAAUGCAGAUGCGAGAAAUUGCAUCUCCUGGCUCUCCCGCGCUCUUCGAAUCUUCGCACGGACCUUGAUCAUUGACAGCCACGGAGGCCUGGAGUUGGCGCCUUCCCGCGAAAACAGCUUGAGAUUGCUGGACGCAGGUGACCUUACGGCCCGGCAGCGCCUCGCUAUUCGUGCCUAUGUCCUCUUCGAUGUUCUCAUGACGGGCAUUGAGCUGCCGCCGCAGCCGCUGUCGCGAUUUCUGAGCCGUUUGGCGCAGCGCGAGGGGAUCAUGCUUUACGUGCCCAAGACUUAUUUCACCGACUCAGAGCGGGUCGAGUUGCAGUAUGAUGCCAGGGGGGGCAUCUACUCUCAGCCUCAGUCGCGACAACACCAUCAGCUGGUUGCUGGCUUCCUCAUUCCAAGAGAGCGCUCUUGGGAGGUUUAUUCGCCAGCUGGGUGCGGACACUGGAGGGCGAUGCCAGUGUUGGAGCAGAACGCGGCAAGAGGAAUCUUCAGUCACUGGGUGCGCUGA